CCUUUUUCCUUCUAUCACUCACUAUUUCCCAUCCUACGGCUCUUACUACAUACAUCUCGGUUGCAUUUUCCAGAACCCACUGGGCUCACUGGUUCUGGUCCCACGGUAGUCCUCCACGGUGGUGGUUCAUACUGGUCCCACAGCGCUGCCCUCCCACCGACCAGCAGCACAGCAGACCGAGGAGGUGUGACCGGAGUCGGCUCAGAGUCGGCCGAAACAGCGCAGUAUAACCCAAGUUUCUGUUGGUGGUCCACAACAACAGCAACCGUGCCCCGCCGCGCCCCCACCCCCAGCGGCGCCGUCAUGUGGCAGGAGGCCAGAAAACACGAGCGCAAGCUUCGUGGUAUGAUGGUCGACUACAAGCGACGUGGCGAGCGCCGGCGCGAGUACUACGAGAAGAUCAAAAAGGACCCUGCCCAGUUCCUCCAGGUCCAUGGCCGAGCCUACAAGAUCCACCUGGACCCGGCCGUGGCCCUGGCUGCUGAGAGCCCCAUCAACAUGAUGCCGUGGCAAGGAGACGCCAACAACAUGAUUGACAGGUUCGACGUCAGGGCCCACCUGGACUACAUCCCCACCUACACCCCCCCCCUGCUCAGCAGCAGCAGCCCCGACCAGGAGUCAGACGAGAGGAAGUGUAACUACGAACGCUACCGAGGACUGGUGCAGAACGACUUCGCCACCAUCUCUGAAGAGCAGUGCCUGUACCAGAUCUACCUGGACGAGCUCUACGGUGGCCUGCCACGACCAAACGAAGACGAAAAGAAAAAGCUGGCGGAGAAGAAGGCCACCAUUGGCUACACAUACGAGGACAGCACAGUGGAGGAACCCGAGCCCACCUCAGACAAGGACGAGGAGAACUCUGAGGAGGAGGAAUCAGAGGAGGACGAAGGCAUCCCAGAUAUCGACGUGGAGGUGGAUGUGGACGAGCUGAACAUCGAACAGGAGCUGGACCUGAAUAAGAUGGCCACCCCCUACGGCAUGGCAGAAGGAGACUUCGUCAGGAUGCUGAGGAAGGACAAGGAGGAGGUGGAGGCCAUCAAGCACGCCAAGGCCCUGGAGGCGGAGAAGGCCAUGUACUCGGGCCGUCGCUCCCGGCGACAGAGGAGGGAGUUCAGGGAGAAGCGGCUGAAGGGACGGCAGAUCAGCCCGCCCAGCUACGCCAGGAGGGACAGUCCCACGUACGACCCCUACAAGAGGCCGGAGUCGGAGUCCGACUCUGAGUCGCGGUCGCGGUCUCGCUCCCCAGGUCCGGAGAAGAUCACCUUCAUCACCAGCUUCGGGGGGAGCGACGAAGAGGCGGCGGCGGCGGCGGCGGCUGCAGCGGCGGCGGCGGCGGCGGCGGCGGCGGCGGCGGCGGUUGCGGCGGCGGCGGCUCCUCCAAGCUCUAGCCACGCCCCCGUCCACUCGCAGCACCCUGCAGGUCAUAGCAGGGGCUCCCGGAGACGAAGGUCGUCCUCCAGCCGUUCCCCGUCCUCCUCCUCGCGCUCCUCCUCCCGCUCCUCCUCCCGCUCGUCCUCACGCUCGCGGCGAGCGCGGCGGGGGCGGGGCAGCGGGGGGCGGGACGGACGGCGCUCCCGCACGCGCUCCCCCUCCCCCUCCCGGCGGCGCUCCGGGUCGAAGGGCGGAGCCAGAGGGGGGAACGGCAGCGGCGGCUCCUGGAGGAGGCGGGAGCGCACGCCGUCGCGGUCCCGGGAGCGGGAGCGCGACAGAGAGAGGGAGCGGGAGCGCGACCGAGAGCGGGACAGAGAGCGGGAGCGGGACAGAGAGCGGGAGCGGGACAGAGAGCGGGACAAGAGGCGGUAUUCCGGCCGCCGGCAGACCAGGUCCCGCUCCGGCUCCAGGCAGAGGGCCGCCUCCAGGCACGGGGGGCGGAGCUCCGGGGGCCACCGGCGGGGAGGAAGCAGCAGCCCCAGCCCCUCCCCCUCCCCCUCCCGACCCCCCCGGAGCCCCUCCCCCUCCCACUCCCACAGGGGGUCCCUGACCUCGGGCGGCCUCGACAAGCUAAGGAAGCCUGACACUCCGUGCGGUAAAGAGUCUGGAGCUUCCAAAGUCAGUAAGAAUAUGAUCCAGCUGGGUUCUGUUGCUCAGGUCCAUGCCUCCCUCAGCUCUGACAGGCCACGCCCCCUCAUCUCUGACAGGCCACGCCCCCUCAUCUCUGACAGGCCACGCCCCCUCACCUCUGACAGGCCACGCCCCCCUGCUGUCCCAGGGCAGAAGGGACCAAUGGUAUCACACCAGGGUUGUUAGGGGUUUAGGACCAGGUUUCCAGAUCAUUCUUGAGGUGUGUGUGUGUGUGUGUGUGUGUGUGUGUGUGGUCCUACCUGUUGACCCCUGCUGUCACCAGUAAGGCUGUCACCAGUAGGCCCCCAGCCCUGUAACGGCGGGUCGUGUUCCCUCAUGUGUGAACUAUGUGAGCAGCAGCUCCUCCCUGCGGUCGCGCCGGGUGCUGGAGGGCCGGUCCCGGGGCCCUGUCCCAGUCCGGGGUCCUGUCCCAGCCCGGGGUCCUGUCCCAGCAUGGGGUCCUGUCCCAGCAUGGGGUCCUGUCCUAGCCUACGUGACUCUGGGCGGUCUGGGCUCGUCUCAGAGCGCUCAGCGCUCCAGACACGCCCUCCCCAGCCGACAAAACAACACGGCUCAUUUGCAUAUAGGUUGCUUGAAAGGCAAAUAUGUAUUCGUAAACGGCUUCACUCCAAACAGUGAAACUAAUGACGGCCUCCCCUGGUGGGAGGGGCCAGGAGGUCAGGUGACCAGGUGACCCCCCCCUAGUGGGAGGGGCCAGGAGGUCAGGUGACCAGGUGACCCCCCCCCCCAGGCUGUGUUCUGGUCUCUGAAGUCAACAGACCUGAACUUGUUCUUGUUUUGCUCCUCAACCGCUUCACCUUUUACACACACACACACACACACACACACACACACACACACACACACACACACGGAGGGGAGCUUCCUGGCGGUUGCAGAGCAGCUGCAGCGCUGGCGGCGUAACGCUCUCUCUCCGUCAGACGGGCGGCCGUGACCCGUUCAACCGUCCUGGAUCCUCCUCCUCCUCACGCUGACACAACUGUUACUGUUGGACUGCGAUUCUCCUCCUGCUCUCACCCACACACGCACGCACGCACGCAGGCCGACACACACACACACACACA